GCCCUGUCCUCCCUGCAGAAGGCCGUCCGGAGGGGCCACGGCCGGAACGCCGCCUUCUGGGCCGGUGAGCUGUACGUGUCAGGGCUGGCCUCCAUUGCGCUGCGGCGGCUGCACAUCAUGACGGUGGAGGACGUUGGCCUCGCCUCGCCGCACGCGCCGUUCAUCGCCGCGGCGGCCAAGACAAUGUUUCUGUCGAUGCCCGAGGAGGCCCGGGAGCCCUGCGCCGGCCCACUGGCGGAGCCGCCCCAGCAGCUCGCCUUCGUCUGCGGGCUGGCACACUGGGUGGCAACCCUGCCCAAGACACGCACCAGCUGCCAGCUGCCCUCGUUCUUGCGCGCGAAAGCCGAGGAGCAGCACCGUCGCGGGGCGCCCCUGGCGCCCUGCGGCGCGGGGGACGUCGGCGACGCGCUGGGGGCCCUGUACGCGGCGCUCGCGGGGAGGGGCGCCGCGGCCUGCGGCGACGGCGCGGAGCCCGACGGCGAGUUCCUCCUCCUGGAGGCGGCAGUGCUCCUGCGGGCGUACAGCUUCCAGCUGUGCCAGGUCAACGAGGCCGCGGCCCUGGGGCCGCUGUUCGAGGAGCUGGGCCGGCGCAUGCGGGCGGAGGAGCAGCGGCUGAGAAGCGUGGCGCCGUCCGCCGGGGCCGCGGUGGGAGGCGGCUCCCAGCCGUCGCCCGGCGGCGCCCGCUCCGCCAGUGACGCGCUGUCGGGGUAUGGCGCCGUGCGGAAGAUGGUCUCGGACCUGCAGCACCUGUCGGCCGGCGCACUGGCCUCGGCGGCCCGGAUGGUCCUGCACCAGGCCUUGCUGCUCGCCACCAGGGCGCACCACCUCGUCCGCGCGGGCAUCAUCGUCACGCCGGGGCUGGCCUCCGAGGCCCUCGGGCUGAGCCGCCGCGGCGCUGGCGAGGGCGUCCUCCACCCAGGCGACGUGGUCACGGUCUGCGGCAGCUGCCGGCUGCGCCGAGUCGACGGCCGGGCGCUGGCGAGGUGCAACGCCCGCGACCUCUGCCAGCACGUGCGCCCAGUCGCCACCUCGGGCCCCGGGCAGCCGCUCCCGCUCGACCUGCAGGCCUGCGUGCGGUGCCUCGUGCAGCGCAGCGCCCGCCUGGUUCCCCGCGACGUCUUCGAGUGCCUGCUCCGCCCCGCGUGCGACCCGCUGGGCCGGUACCUCUGCGUUCCGCCCUACUGCGUCGACGUCCACACGCGGAGGGGCAGCGGGUGGCCCAUGCACGAGGAGUGGGAGUCCAGGAUUUGCGCGCAGUUCCCCGCGCUCACGGCGUGGGACGCCCAGGAGGUGUCCAAGACGCACGGCGUGCUGGACGCGGACGGCCGCGCGAUGGCGCGCCAAUUCGGCCGGUACGGCCUCAUUGUGGCGGACGAGUAUUUCCCGGGCCCGUCGCGCCCAACCUUCGACAUGGAAUUAAAGCCCACCGGCUUCGAGCCCUCUCGGGUCGCCUUGUCGGUGGCGGCCCUCGACCACGGAGAGACCUUCGUCGAUCGCCGCAGUUUCCCCGGGGGCUAUUCGGCCCCUUGGCGGGCCACUGCGCAGCCCGCCGCUCCCGACGCCGGGGCCGAGAGUGGCCCUGUGGUCGAUGCUCAGGCCCAGCCUGGGCGGAACGCCUCAGAGGCCAUGCGCGCCGCCUUUGCCGGCCUGCCUGCGAACGACGGCCCCUACUGCGAGUGCGCCGACUGGGACUUCUACGUGAGCCCCGCCACGCCCCAGGAUCCCUUCUUCGAGGCCAUCAGGACCUUCGGCCAGUGGGCGGGCGAGGCUGGCUUCCCGUCCCGCGCGGACUUCCCGGGCGGGAGGCUGCCGCAGGUGCUGGAGAGCCGGAAGAGCAGCACCAUCAACGACGACCCCCAGGCGAAGGGCGGCUCGCUCACCCAGGCCGAGUAUUUGAGGUGCAUGGUCGACGAUCAGGCGAAUAGUGCCGCCCGCGUGGAGGAGCGCAGCGCGCCCAUCGACGCGCGCGUAAGCGACGUGACAGAGCUUCACCGCGCGCGGAUGCACGAGUCGCUGCUGAGAGAGAGGCCUGCGCCCCCGGCGGCGACGGAGGUGGCUCUGGAAGACUGUGCGCAGCAGCCAGGGCCGCGCACGGGGAAGACCCCCGACGGCGCGCCGGCGGAGCCCAGGCGGUGGAAGGCCUUCGGCGGCGCGCUGGCGGACGCCCCCGCUGGCGCGCCUCGCGCGGGAGCCGACGGCGUGGCCAGCGGGAGGCCCGCCGAGGGCACGGGUGCGCUCCUGGACUGUCGGCCUGCCGGCGAGGGCGGCGGCGGCGGCGCGGCGGCGGCGGCGGCCGGGGCCCCUGGAAGGAAGACCCGCUGGGGCAGGAAGUGA